AUGACGUCAUCGGUCGUAUCCGACGCGAUGGACGUUGAGUCAUCCUCCGCAUUUUCGCCAUCUGAACCUGUUGUUGACGCAGUCUUCGUCUCGAAACAUAAUGUGAGCGCAGAGAUUUAUCAAAACUUCAAAGAUUGUGCUGAUACACUUCUAUCAGGAAAAGUUGCUCAACAUGAACAACUUGCUUUUAUUCAAAGAACUUUACAAAUAUGUGAGAAUGUUAUAAUGACUUUUGAAGAUGAAAAACAACAUUUGAUGAGUGAUGUUCUUCUACAAUGGGCUAUGAAACAGCAAAAAGUUAGUUUUUUUGUUAAAAAUAUACCUAUGAUAUAUAACAUUCUUUAGCUGAGCAUUGGAACUUUGUACACUCAACAACUUCAUUAUAAAGAACUAGAUCUAAUUCAUAUUCAAUUCGAAUAUUUUGGCGAACUCCUUCAACAAACUUUAUCAGGGUUAGAAUAUUUGAAACAGUAUUAUCCGAAUGUCGGAUUCGAAGAAGCUCAUCAAAAAGUUCGAAACAUGGCUCACUAUUUUUUAUAUUAUUCAAUUAUUGUUAGUCGACAACCACCAGCUGUAAUUGUAAAAUGUGGAGAGGCUGAAAAUCAUAGAAGAAGUCGGUUUUGGUUUAACACAGAGAUACGGUAAAUUUUCUUCGAAAUUUUUUAUUUCAAAACAAUUUUUCAUGCAGGGUUCUCGGUGGACGGUCGUUUGGAAUUGAUGAGACUAAUGAUAAUGUGAAAGUUAAUUGUUAUUUGAUUACUGACGAAACAGCGAAACAACUUUUAAAUAACGCAUAUUUGGAUAUCUUUGAAUCUGAAGAAUUUUGCAUUGAGCCAAAUACAACAAGUUUCCAGAAAAAGGAUCAACGAGGUCUAAAAGCAAAGUUUGAUGAUAUGAAAGUUGCGAAAAAAGUUCAACUUCGAAGAGAUUCUGUAGCCACCAAAAGAUAUUGCCUUUGUUAUAAUAUUCAACUUCAAACCAAUUGUGGAAUCGAAUUAAUUGGCAAAAAAGUAUCACUUCCUUUUGCAGUUCUAGUUGGACCAAAAUCGGAUGUUGAAGCAAAAUUAUUUCUUGAAAGAUCUUUUGCUGAUUUGGUGCGACAUCCUUUGUCAGAUAUUCCUACUCAUAUUUCAUGCGCUGAAAUGGCUGAUGCUCUUGAAAUGAAGUUCCAAGCUAUUGUCGAAACUCCAAUUAAAAAUACUGAUGGUCCGAGUAUAGUUCAACCCAAAAAGUUUACAAUGCAAGCGAAACAACAUCUCGUAACAAGAUUGAAACCAGACCAACAAGGAUUUUUAGUCCUUGAUAAUUUUAUGCGGCUUCCAGUGUCUGAAGAGUUUCAACAAAAGAAAACUGCAAAUGGAGGAGAAUGGAAAUUGGUGCCAUUUUAUGAUUGGUUUUUCAAAUUAGCUGAAAUAACUAAUAAAUAUUUAUACAGUAUGUGGUAUGAUGGAUUAAUCUUUGGAUUCUGCAGCAAAGAAGAUUCGGAAAAUAUUCUGCGAUGUUGUUCUCGAUCAGUUUUACUUGUUAGAUUCUCGGAUAUUGAAUAUGCAAAAAUCAAAAUCUCAACAAAACAUCGAAAUGGUGAAAUUCGCCAUCACUGGUAUGAACACUCUGAUCUCAACGCCCGUUCACUUUCUUCUGAACUUUUGACAAAUCAUAAAUUUGCUGACGUCGAUCUCAUUUAUCCGGAUAUCGAUCUAGAGGUAUUCACAUAUUUAUGUUAGAAUAAUAAAAAUAAAAUGAAAUAAUGAAACAUCAGAUGAAUAUCUCAUUAUUUUUCAGGUCGCCUUAGGUGGGCGGGAAAAACCGCGGGUCUCUCGACCACGAAAUCUUCUUCCUGAUGAUAUAUACUUCGAUAAUCAAGGAUCAGCUACAUGA